UUUGUCAUAUUGUUUAUUUUGUGCAUUUUAUUUUUGAACAUUUUUAAUAUAUCGUCGGUAAAAAUAAGUUAAAAUGCUUGAUUCUGUAAAACGUGUAAUAUUGGUUCUUUCUGGUAAAGGAGGUGUCGGAAAAUCUACAGUUAGCACCCAAUUGGCGCUAACUUUAAAAGAAAGAGGUUAUAAGGUUGGAUUACUAGAUAUAGAUUUGUGUGGGCCUAGUGUUCCAUACUUAUUGAACUUGGAGAACCAAAAUGUACACCAAGGACCUGAAGGAUGGAUUCCAGUCUAUUUAGACAACGAACAGAGGCUCGGCGUGAUGUCAAUAGGUUUCUUACUAAGCUCCCGAAACGAUGCCGUAGUGUGGAGAGGACCAAAGAAGACAUCAAUGAUAAAACAGUUCUUAGAAGAUGUUUGCUGGCAGGAACUUGAUUUCCUUGUUAUUGAUACUCCUCCAGGAACUUCAGAUGAACACAUCACAGUGAUGGAGAAUCUUCGUCAGGUGCCACAAUGUGGUGCUAUAAUAGUGACCACACCACAAGAAGUUGCCAUAGAAGAUGUGCGGAAGGAGAUCACAUUCUGCAAAAAGACUGGCAUACCUAUCCUUGGUAUUAUUGAAAAUAUGAGCGGAUAUGAGUGCCCAAACUGCAGUGAAUGCACGAACAUCUUCUCAAGUGGUGGCGGGAAGUCACUAGCAGAUAUUGCCAAAAUACCAUUCAUGGGCAGUGUGCCCAUAGACCCCAGGGUUGGGAAACUGGCAGGACAAGGGUUAGCAGCCAUCAAGGAACUACCGGACUCUACAACAAGCAAAGUGUUCAGUGAAUUAGUCAACCAAUUAGCUCUGAAUGGCCUGUGAGGUUGUUGGAAAAAGUUUUUAUAUAUUUUAAAAUCAUGGAUAUUUAUUUAUGCAUUGUCUUGCUCCACUAUCAAAAAGUUGAAACAGUCAAAAUUACUGAAAUUUUAAUUGUGAUAUUUAAAGUUAUAUGCUUUCGAUAAGCUACUGUAUCUACUUGUACUAUUCUUGCAACAAAUAUUAUUGAUUAAUAUUUUUACUAAGACAUAAAACCUUUGAAUAUUAUUCAGGUUGCUGGCUUUAGUAUUUUAUGCCAAAUAUGUAUAACGAAACUUGUUUUAGAAGACAAUAAGAUGCAUCCCAAAUUGGGGUCCUCAUAGAGGCAAGUACCACAUUGCAGCAAAUAACUGUUCUUAGAGGUAUCAACUGUAUAAACAUAAUAUAUACAAUUGCAAUGUCCAUUUUAAUACUGCUCAUUAGCAAGCAAUUUAGUUUUAAGCAAAAAUGUAAGUAAUUAUAUACUAUCAUUCCGUUGAUGUUGUGUUGGUGUAAAUAAAUGAAAUACAUCUUGUUAA